UCCUCGGUUUUUUGGGGGGGGGUUACAGGAAAUUGACGCCAUACUGUUACACAAUGCAGACGGUAAAGUGUGUGCUGCUGGGGGACGGGGCUGUGGGUAAAUCAGCCAUGAUCAUCACCUACACCGCAGGCUUCCCUAAAGAGUGGACCCCGUCAGUGAUGGAGAAUUAUAAGGUCAGCGUGACGGUGGACGGGAACCAGGUGACCCUGGACGUGUGGGACCACAGCGGAUUAUCGGACUAUGACCGGUUGAGACGCCUGUCCUUCCCACAGACGGAUGUGCUCCUGCUUUGCUUUUCCCUCACCAGUCCAUCGUCUUUUGAAAACGUGCGGAGCAAGUGGACCGAAGAGGUCAGACAUCACUGCCCCGCGGUGCCGGUCGUCCUGGUGGGCACCAUGUCGGACCUCAGAGACGACAAAGACAGGAUAGAAAAGCUGAAAAAGGAGCAUCUCUCUCCCAUCACCUAUGAUCAGGGCCUGGCCAUGGCUGAAGAAAUAGGUGCAGCAACAUACCUGGAGUGUUCGGCUCUGACUGAGCUCGGCCUUCAGGCGGUGAUGGAGGAAGCCGCCAGGGUGGGCCUGAACGCCAAGCCCGUUAACAAACCGAAGCAAAGCUGCAGCCUGUCAUAAUGCAGACGACGCCUUUUACGUAUUCAUGAUUUUAAAAACAGGGACGCUGUCGCUGAGGCCAGCAGGGUGGAUUAAUGAGAGACGGCGUUCUGGAAUUCCUGAAGUGAAGGAGAGAGAAAUUUAAACCACCCGUGAUUUAUGUUUCCCACAGAUUCUUUCACUCUUUGGUAUUCUAGUCACUUUUUAUGAAAUGAAAGUAUCACAGUGUGAAUGUGUGGCAAAGCAGGCAGACAGCAUUAGGGCCACGUUGAUCAAAAAAAUCUAUAUCAAAUAAAAAUAAAAUCAAGUCGCAGCAUUACGAGAAAAAGUUUGAAUUUUAUGACUUUUUCU